GGAACUUACGUCAACUGACUCUAGAGGAAAUUCGGUGUAGUUGUGCUGUAGAAGGCUAGUCUAUUAUCUUAUCUUAUAUAUGAAAUCUAAAUCGUUGGAUCAAUGCAAAUACACAAUAAUACUGAUAUGAAGUUCUACAUCAAACACAAUUAAUUAUAAACACAUUUCACUAGGAUAACUGUACAAACAAUAAAAAUUGUGACAAAUGUACUUAAAACUAAAUAGUUGAUUCAGAUCUAUUAUUUCUUUUAGUUUACUUCGUCGUUUGGCAAGGAAGGAAGUAGCGAAAAACGAAACAUGUCUUUCACACCAAGAGGAUCAGACGGUAGAAAGAGCGGGAUAUUUGACCCAAGGUUUCCUCCGAUGGACGACUGCUGCGUCUUCAAUGAUAGAAGGUGUGCAAGCAUCCCUUUUCUUUUGCAAGUUGAAGAUCCACCAUGGUAUUGCUGCCCGCCAAAGUGUCCCCCAUUCAGGAAGCCGUUAAUAAAGCGAGCCGAGUACACCAAUUUGUUAAGCUAUGACAAUCAAUAUGAGUAUCUAGCUCCACAUCUAGAAGACAUGGUCCUGCCAUCGAUGGCUUUCUGGUUUUACUGUGACCACGUGCCCGACCUCCAUGACACGGGCGUGAAGUACAGUAGGAUACUUACAAGAGAAUCUGAAAGACCACUUCACACUUGGCCUCCCUUAGCUGCCAAUGUCUGCCCCCCACCCAGAGAAUGUGAGCCCUGUGGCCCAGGUCCAUGGGCCAACCCUGCGCUAAGACGUUUCUUCUACAUGGAUUGUCAAUGAUCAAAAACUGAUUGCGAUGCCAACGUAUGGUGUCGGAAAACACGAGGACACUAACUCCAUCAAGUGAUAUGUAUUCGAGGUUUAGUUUAGAAUUAAAAGCAACUAAAUUGUUU